CGCCAUUGUCGCCAAUUAGCUGCUCGCAAUGUCUUCAACUCCGACCUUGGAUCCCGAGAAGAAGGCGGAAGUCUUCGAUGAGGAUGAUGCUUUACUCGCACAAUUGGGAUACACACAGGAGCUGAAACGAAGCUUUGGUCUCGUUGGUAUGGUUGGCUUCUCAUUCAGUAUUGUCACUUCUUGGACUGCACUGAGUGGUGUGCUCAUCAUCGGCGUCGAGACUGGUGGCCCGCCAGUCAUGAUCUGGGGCUGGCUAGCAGUCUGCAUCUUCACACUGUCUGUCGCAUACUCAAUGGCCGAGAUGUGUAGCGCAUAUCCACUAGCCGGUGGUCAGUACAGCUGGGUAGCAAUCCUUGCACCCAAGAGUUGGGCAAGAGGCUUCAGUUACAUUUGCGGGUGGUUCAUGCUCAUCGGUGUGCUGGCUAUGGGUGCCACCAACAAUUUCAUCGCAACGAACUUCGUCCUCGGCACCGCGCAGCUCAACUACGGCUUCACUAUCGAACGCUGGCACACUGUCUUGUGUGCGUAUCUGGUAACCUUCAUCGCUAUGUUGUCGAACAUCUACUUUCCGCACAUCUUGAACAAAUUAUCGAAAGCCAUCCUCGCUUGGAACCUGUUGUCCUUUGUUGUCUGCUUGGCAACUAUACUCGCCACCAACGACCACAAGCAGUCACCAGAGUUCGUCUUCAGUGAUUUUCAGAAUUUCACUGGCUGGAAGCCGCCAUAUACUGUUAUUAUUGGCUUGCUUCAAAGCGCUUACGGCAUGUGCUGCUACGACGCACCAGCCCACAUGACGGAAGAGAUCAAGAACGCUCGCAAGCAGACCCCUCGUGCAAUAGUUAUGGCUGUCUACAUGGGCUUCAUCACUGGAUUCAUCUGGCUCAUCGCUUUGAGCUUUUGCAUCGGUGACCUCGACGCUACUGCAACCACAGCGACAGGCGUUCCGGUCAUCGAGAUUAUAUUUAAUUCCACUGGCAGUGUCGCUGGGGCCUCGGCGCUCUCUUCGAUGAUUUCGGUCAUCUGCCUUGUAGCUUCGAACUCGCUUAUGGCAGAAGGCUCGAGAUCAGUGUACGCCUUCGCGCGCGACCAGGGUUUGCCGUUCUCGGACCUGCUCAGCAAAGUCUCGUCGCGAAGUGUGCCAGUCUAUGCUGUACUGUUGACGGGUAUCGUCCAAAUCGCAUUCAACUCGAUCUACUUUGGUACUGUUACUGGUUUCAACACCAUUGUUGCUAUCGCCACUCAAGGUUUUUAUCUCUCUUACGCCAUGCCUCUCCUCGCCCGAAUCCUGGCACACUUCUCCGGCAAGAAGACGAGACUCGAGGGUUCCUACUCGCUCGGCCGAUACGGCAUUGCGCUGAACAUCAUUGGAUUCCUGUUUCUGGCGUUCAUGUGCAUCAUCUCGAACUUUCCGAGUGCUACACCAGUGGAUAGCGAGAACAUGAACUAUACUUCGGCAGCGACAGGGCUGAUCAUGUUAUUGAGUACGAUCUUCUGGCUUACGACGGGAAGAAAGAAAUUCACGGGACCUGAGAGUGGGCAUCUCCUCGAUUCUGUAGCACCGUGAUGCGAUCCGUUACCCAUGGUUCAGCUUAGAUUUCACGCUGUUUUAUACAUAUG